AAAAUUUUAAAUAAACUACUGCAAUACUCUGAAGUUACCAAAAUGACUUCAAGUAAUCUGGCGUUGGUUAUUGGACUAACAUAUUGUGGUCACAAGAGGACAGUAUAUCAAUGAUGUCCACUGGCACUGCUUCUUGUAUUGUGGACUCCUUAGUCACUCAUGCCGAUUGGUUCUUUCCUGGCGAAAUUGAUUUUGGUACACCUCAAAUAUCAAUGGCUUUACCCAGUAAAGCUGCAUCUGAUGAGAACAUUCCAGAACACACUCAGCUUUUACAGACUACACCUCCUCAACCAGUUAGAAAAACAUCCUCUGUUGAAAAUCUUCUGGAAAAUCAAGAAAAGCCUGAGCGGCCUGACAGACCAGAUAGUACAAAAGUAAGUGCUGACGUCAGUGGAAUACAUCAAAGAAAAAGCAAGAAGAAACCAGCUCCUCCAGUACCUGCAAAUAGACCACCCUUACCUAACAGACCUCCUCUACCUGCAUGUAAAUCCCAAAACCCCCAGUUAAUUGAAGUGCCUUCCUCUCCACCUAGCAAAGCUCUAUCCUCUCCUAAGGACCCACCUCCACCUCCCCCAGUCAUAAAAACAGAACAUGUCCAACAUGAGGCAGAUAAUGGUAUGAUAAAGACCCACAAAAGGACCGGUUCAGCACCUAUUGCAGCACCAGAAGACACAUAUUUGCCGGCUUCACCAAGGUUAAUUGAGUGCACAGAGGGAGUAACUAGAGCUAAAACCCUUCCUACCAGAACAAAACCAGUGGAUGCCCCUCCUCCUCCACCAGUAGACAGUGUUGAUAGGAGGAACAGUGAUACAGAUGAAACCCACUUUUGAACUGCUGUUGAACAUUAACGUCACUGCUUUUUAGUAACUUGCCCAUUAAAACACAAAGAUUUACAGCUUUCUGCAAUUAGAUGUUUCUUCACUUUAAACGGAUUCUGAUUACUUUGUAUUCCUGGUUAUUUAGUUUCAUUAAUGUCAUACAAUGUACAACUUCCUGCUAAUAACAGUACUGCAAGCCUUGUGAUUGUCUUUUAGAUAUCGUCCAUAACCCAGGUAUACCUGUGCAUUUUAACCAGAAAGAUUUUUUUUAUACUUUAUUAUUCCCUUUUAUUUUUAAUUGUUGGUUUUAGUUAUUUAGUUAGAUGAUAGUUUUUCCAGUAGAUAUUUGUUUUUACUACAUAACCUAGGGCUGUUGGUAUUCUAGAUAAUUUGACUUUUGACACAUCCUAAAUGGUUGGUAUUUUAUUUGUGCAAGUUGGUGGUCUAUGUAUAUACAUUUGUGAUGGAGUUGUGAUCGCUGACAUUCAUUAAUUGACUAUUGUGUUGGUGAUUGUGCAAAUAAUUCAUUUUAUUCACUGAUAACCUUUCGAUCUGUCUAUUUAACCAACAUCGUUCAGCAGGGUAAAUUUGGUUAAAUCAUUUAUCCCAGGUUUGUCAGAUGAAUGGCCAGUAGAGUUUUAUUGUGCAAUCUUCCUUUGAUCAUUGUAUCGAAAUGGACUAUGCCCCCAAUUACGGAUUCUUAUCAAA